AUGCCUCCAAAAGACACAUUCACUUUAUUGACAUCACUUGUCACACUCAAGAUCAAAAUCAAGAGGCCCAGGACCGACGAUAUAGUCGAAUCAUGUAUUGACCUUCAAAGUUUACAAAAUUUGGAGACAUUCAAGUUGGGUGGAUGUUGUUGGCAUUUAAAGUCCGAGAUUAGAGUUCUGUCUUCAUCACCAUUACUCAAGAAACUAGUUAUAAAAGGUCAAUAUGGACCAACCAUCAAAUAUCUAUGGAUACCAUUGAACCCUAUCCAACUUGGUCAUGAUGGUUAUCUAAUCUAUUCAAUCAAAUCGAGGAUCCCUAAAACCAUCACAGACCAAUUACAACAACCGCAACCGCAAAAAUGGUUACCAGCAAAUACAACUCAUCUAACUUGUUACCUCACUAUCUCUAGCCAAGUAUCGUUGAAAUUUAGAUUAAAUGAAGUAAUCAACCACACCAAUGUUAGAUAUCUAACACUUGUUAUUGGAGAUGGUGAUGAAACUGAUGCGACUUGA